UUAUCCAAAUGCGAUUUCCAUUCCCUUUCCUCUGUCUUCUUCUCCAACGCAUCUGACCAGUCAACAAUUUUGCAGGUUGAGGGAGAUGAUAUACACGAUUUUCAUCUCUCUGAGCUUUUGAAUUUCUGCUCUACAACAAGAUCAUGUCGUGCAUUCACAAUAGGCCAUUACCUUGUUUCUCUGCUUCCUCUUCUUCUUACCCUAGAAGAAAUCGAUGCGCUUCUUUUAAGCCGCGAAUCCACUGUGCUCUUGGAGGAACUGUAGCAGAGCCAAAAUCUACCACUUCUACUGAACCAUUGUUGCUUAAUGCCGUUCGUGGAGAAGAUGUGGAAAGGCCCCCAGUUUGGUUGAUGAGGCAAGCUGGGAGGUACAUGAAGAGUUACCAAAUUAUUUGCGAAAAAUACCCUUCAUUUCGUCAAAGGUCAGAGAAUACAGAUCUUGUUGUGGAAAUUUCUCUUCAGCCUUGGAAUGUCUUUAAGCCUGAUGGGGUGAUCUUAUUCUCGGAUAUUCUCACUCCACUUUCCGGGAUGAAUAUUCCGUUCGACAUUGUCAAAGGUAAAGGUCCAAUCAUUGCCAAUCCCAUUAGUGAGGCUGCUCAAGUUGAACAAGUGAGGGAAUUUGUCCCUGAAGAGAAUGUUCCAUAUGUUGGGGAAGCUUUGACAAUUCUGCGAAAAGAGGUUGACAACAAAGCUGCAGUUCUAUGUUUCGUUGGGGCUCCGUUUACCCUUGCAUCGUAUGUGGUUGAAGGUGGUUCGUCGAAGCACUUCUCGAAAAUAAAAAGGCUUGCAUUUUCUCAGCCACAGAUUCUCCAUGCAUUGCUUCAGAAGUUUACAAGCUCAAUGGCGAGGUACAUUCAAUACCAAGCAGAUAACGGAGCGCAAGCGGUUCAAAUCUUCGAUUCAUGGGCCACAGAGCUCAGCCCCGUGGACUUCGAAGAAUUCAGUCUCCCAUACUUAAAGCAGAUUGUCGAAUCUGUGAAGAGAACACAUCCAGACCUCCCAUUGAUUCUUUAUGCCAGUGGAUCCGGGGGCUUACUUGAAAGGCUGGCAUCAACCGGUGUCGACGUUGUUAGCUUAGACUGGACGGUCGAUAUGGCUGAAGGUAGGAGGCGAUUAGGAGCAGACAUAGCAGUUCAGGGUAACGUCGACCCCGGCGUUCUCUUCGGUUCCAAGGAAUUCAUCACCAAAAGGAUUAAUGAUACUGUGAAGAAGGCAGGUAAAGGGAAGCACAUUCUGAAUCUAGGCCAUGGUAUUGUAGUUGGUACGCCCGAGGAAAAUGUAGCUCAUUUCUUUGAGGUUGCUAAAGGAAUUAGAUAUUAGUGGCUGUCUGAGAUUUAGUUGAAUUUUUGUAGUGUUGUAAACUUAUUCAUUCUUCUUUGUUGAAUCUCCAAACAGCAUGUAGAGAGACUGAUUCUUCAUAAUAUUGAUUUUUUUUUUUUUCUUAA